UCAGCUCACUAAUCCAACUGUCUGUUGAUCAUAACGAGAGUGUUCCUGACCCCUGUUUUAUUCUCUCGUGUGUGUGUGUGUGUGUGUGUGUGUGUGUGUGUGUGUGUGUGUGUGUGUGUGUGUGUGUGUGUGUGUGUGUUUUAGAUAUCAACGAGUGCCAGUCUUCUCCCUGCAUCUCUGGUUCUAGCUGUAUUGAUGAGAUCAAUGGCUACCGCUGCCUGUGUCCCCAAGACAGAGCUGGACCACGCUGUCAGGAAGUGACACAGAGAGCGUGCUCUGUGAACGGUCAUCUGACCCCUGAAGGAGCUAAGUGGGACGAGGACUGCAACACCUGUCAGUGUUUUAAUGGGAAGGUGACGUGUACCAGGAUGUGGUGUGGUCCUAAGUCGUGCCGGAUCAGCGGUGGGGUCAAAGGUCGAGGGGGCGGGGCCGGGUGUCGGUCUGGUCAGAGCUGUGUACCAAUCAGGGAGGAGCAGUGUUUUGUCCGGCCGUGUCUGAAUCUUGGGGAGUGCCACCCCUCCUCCCCACCAACCACCAAAUGUCACCCCAGCUCCGGUUACCACGACAACAGCUGCUCCAACAUCACGUUUACGUUCACCAAAGAGACCAUGCCCAGGGGUCUGAGUAUCGAGGCAGUGUGUAAGCAGCUGAGACAACUGUAUGUGCUGAAUAAUGUGUCCUCUGAGUAUUCUGUUUCCAUAACCUGUGACCCUUCAACCUCCGCCAGCAACGAGAUCCAUCUCAGCAUCUACACAGAGGACCACCUGAUGGACAGAUCCACUAUAAAGGAGAUAACAGAUAGGAUCAUCGAUCUGGUGUCUAAACACCAUGGCAAUAACAGCAUCAUCACCGCCAUCGCCAAGGUCCAUGUGCAGAGGAGGCCUAGCGCCAGCCAGACGGACUACCUCGUGCCGCUGCUGUCCUCUGUCUUCAUUCUCCUCUGGAUCCUGGCGUUGGUCUCAGUCUUCCUGUACUGCGUGCAUCGCCGUCGGAAACGUGGCAGUCACCAUGGCAACGGAGCCUUGUCGUCCGCGGCAACCGAAGACAACACAACCAACAAUGUGCGCGAGCAGCUCAACCAGAUCAAGAACCCCAUCAACGAGAAACACGCCGGAGGCGGCGGCCAUCUCACAACAUCGGUGGCCAUCAAGGACUACGAGGAUAAGAACUCGAUCGUCGCCAAGGUACGGACACACCACCCCCCGGAGGGCGAGGAGGACAACGAUAAAGAGAGACAUAUGGGGAAUAAAGGACGCUUCGCGGUUACAGCCAAACAACCUGCCUACACACUGGUGGAGCGGGAAGACCGGGGCCUCAAUGGAGGCCUGGGGGCCAACGGGCCCAACGACGGGGACGGCAGGACCACGGUGCAGCCCAGUUCCAAACAUCCUAACUGGACUAAUAAACAGGACAACAGGGUCCUGGAGACGGCACACAGCAUGAACAGGAUGGACUACAUCGUAUAGCAGGAAGUGACAUUGGAGGCAGGAAAUAAAACGCUGUGUAAAGAAUUCCCCUUCCUGGACGUUAUGGUCAUCCCGGCAACGUGGUCCUUCUGACACGCUCUGUAGACACUGUGUUGCCGUGCAACCAAACCCUUUGAUCAUGCUGAAGAGGACCAGGGGGAGUGUUCUGGGAUUUGUAGUUUUGUAUCCCUGGGUGCGUCAGAUGUGGUACCCUGUUUCCUAUUUAGUGCACUACUUUUGACCAGAGCCCUAUGGGCCAAGUGUACGUUGUAGGGAAUAGGUUGCUGUUUUAGACGUUGCUCCUGAUAAUUUAACGCUAGCUGGCUACACUGGCAGAGAAGGUUGCUUUGGUUGGCAGGAUAAGAGGUGUUGCGUUUUCACAUUUCAACACUACACUUAUUCCCUAUAUAACACACUACUUUUGAGUGGAGCCCUAUGGGACCUGGUCUAAAGUAGUGUACUAUGUAGGGAAUAAGGGUGCCAUUUUAGACACACAUAGUUGUAAUGUAUUUCUCUCUCUCCUCUAGUAGGUAUAAACUAGUUUUGUUUUGCCUUUUCAGCUUUCAUACCACAGCAAUGUCAUGAAAUUAAACCAAAAUAAGUACAACUUUAGAAUUAUUUAUUCUUUGGGGCGGGUGGGGUCGAUGUCAGCAGUUGCAAUAUGAAGAAUUUGUGUCGGUUUAGAAUGUGUAGAUAUGUACAUUUCUUUUAUUUUUAAUUAAUCAUUGUGUAUAUUUUGAUUUAUUAACUUAAAUAAUAAUCAAGAGCCUUAAGAUAUAAUUCCUUUUUAUUUAUAUGUUCUGUCUCUAGAUGGAAGGUUUUGACGGCUUAGUUUCUUUUUUGACGAUGAACUUGUUUAUUUCUUUCACAAAAAAUGAUUUUUUUUUUGUUGUUGCCUGAAAUAUUUUUAUUAUUUUUGUUUGUUUUUUAAUGAUUUUACAGCGUCCAUUGUUGCUUAGAGGGGAAGAAGAAAUUAAAACAAAAUACAAAUAAAUGGUUGCUUUGGGCUGUAAACCUUUCAGAGA